UAUCUCGCAACUCAAAGAAUGUGCCCCCACCUCUUUCCGAGACACACCCUGUCACACCCUCUCCAUCCACCCCGGCCACCUCACAGACACCAGCUGCCUCCUCACCUCUCUCAAAGACAGGAGGAUGGACGCUCUCUCCACGCUUCAUGGCCCCCUCUCUCACUCGGACGUGGUGGAUCUGUUCCGGAAGGAUUUAAUUGCGGAUAAGGCGUUCAGACAGUCCGAUACUCAUGUCUUUAUCAUUCUCGGUGCUUCCGGUGACUUGGCCAAGAAGAAGAUUUACCCCACGUUGUGGUGGCUUUAUCGUGAUGGUCUCCUGCCAGAGGAUACCCACCUGGUUGGCUACGCCCGCUCAGAUCUCAGCAUUGAUGCCAUCCGCAAACAGACUGUACCCUUCUUCAAGCUCUCAGCAGGUGAGGAGCAGAAAGUGGAUGCCUUUUUCCUGCGGAAUAGCUAUGUGCAGGGCCAGUACAACGAGGCGGCCAGUUUCCAGAGGCUGGACGCUCACAUCAACUCCCUGCACCGUGGACAGCAGGCCAAUCGGCUCUUCUACCUCGCCUUACCCCCCAGCGUCUACAUGGAUGUGACCCGCAACAUACGGCACUACUGUAUGGGCAAGACAGGCUGGAAUCGGGUGAUUGUGGAGAAGCCGUUUGGGAAAGACCUGGAGAGUUCAAACAAGCUGUCGGACCAUCUCUCGUCGCUGUUUACCGAGGAACAAAUCUAUCGUAUUGAUCACUACCUGGGCAAGGAGAUGGUGCAGAACCUCAUGGUGCUCAGGUUUGCAAACCGCAUCUUUGCCCCAGUAUGGAACCGGGACAAUAUAGCUUCAGUCGUCCUCACUUUCAAGGAACCCUUUGGAACCGAGGGCCGAGGGGGCUACUUUGAUGAAUUUGGGAUUAUCAGGGAUGUUAUGCAGAAUCACAUGAUGCAGAUGUUGUGCCUCGUUGCCAUGGAGAAGCCGGCUUCUACCAACUCUGAUGAUGUGCGGGACGAAAAGGUGAAAGUGUUGAAGUGUGUUCCUGAGAUCGAGAUGGAGAACGUCGUGCUUGGGCAGUAUGUUGGCGAUCCCAAGGGCCAGGGGGAGGCCCGGAAGGGUUACCUUGAUGACCCCACAGUGCCCAAGGGCUCAGUGACCCCCACAUACGCGGCUGCGGUGCUCUAUGUCCAGAACGAGCGGUGGGAUGGAGUCCCGUUCGUCAUGCGUUGUGGGAAGGCACUGAACGAGCGCAAGGCGGAGGUGCGGCUGCAGUUCCGGGACGUGCCCGGUGAUAUCUUCCAGAGCCAGUGCAAACGCAAUGAGCUGGUGAUCAGAGUGCAGCCCAAUGAGGCCAUCUACACCAAGAUGAUGACCAAGAAACCAGGCAUGUCCUUCCACCCAGAGGAGGCAGAGCUAGACCUCACCUACGGCAGCCGCUACAAGGAUGUGAAAUUACCAGAUGCAUACGAGCGAUUGAUUCUUGACGUUUUUUGUGGAAGUCAAAUGCACUUUGUACGAAGUGAUGAGCUGAGAGAAGCCUGGCGUGUAUUCACCCCAAUGCUCCGUAAACUGGAAUCUUCGAAAGUGCACCCAGUUCACUAUGUCUAUGGCAGCCGCGGACCCCCCCAGGCCGACGAGCUGCUGAAGAAAGUUGGUUUCCGUUACGAGGGCACCUACAAAUGGGUCAACCCCCACAAGCUCUGAGCUCGCUCCAUUGUGGUGGUGGGGCGUGGGGGGGGGGCUGGAGAGGUGAGGGAGCUGGCUACAGGGUGAGAACCCCUGCUCCACUGCCCAACUAUGCCCCUCUUUGACCCCCUACCUCACCAGCUCUGGAUUAUGGGGGGGAGGAGGGUUCCUUUUUGGAGUGGGGCUGUGUACUGCUCCUCACUCACCGAAUUGCUUGCUGACUCUCGGCUGGACACAGGAGGUCGGAAUUGGCUCCGCACCGUUCUCUCCCUCAGUCUCGCAACUCAAGACCAUACAUUCCGAAGCGGAGCCUGGCUGUUUUGGAGCUGGGUGGGUGAUUGGGGUGGGUGGGGGGGAAGAUUGGGAUAAAACCAUCUACGUGUUCCUGACUGCAUUGAUGUCUGUCUUUGUAUCGCCUCGGGGGUUACUGACAGAAAACUCCUGAUGGGCGAAGUGGCCACAUAUGCAGGCUGACCUCUGGCCCAGCAUCAACUCCCACUUACACUCCCACUCACUCGUGCUCUCUCACUCAUUCCACUGCAUUCACACUCACACUCCCUCAUGGUUACAUUCAUGUGCUCGCUCUCAUUCCCUUAUGCAAACAUAUUCAUUCACAUGUGUGCACCCUCACACUCAGGCUCAUUUCUUGUGCUCACACAUGGUUCCCCCUUUUUCUCUCUCCUAGAUGGACACUCACUUGUGGAUGUUCAUGCUCUCACAAUUCCCCCCAUUUCAAACACUGUUGCACAAUUGCUGACCCAUGGAUUCACACUCACAUGCAUGUUCACUUUCACUUGCACUCACGUUCACAACAUAAACACAGUUCCCUUGGCCAGAUGGACUCACGCUCACAUACACUUGUGUUCACAAACUCUGUGUGCAUGCACACUCCCUCUCUCAGACUAACAUGCACACAGACCCACUCCAGUGUAGAGAGAAUUUUACUCUGUAUCUAAACCCCAUCUCCUCCAUAUCCUCAGAAUGGAGGGAGCUUUAUCUACAGUUCAAUGCUUUAGGUUUACAGCUGGACAUUAUAUAAUUAACUGGGGGUGUUUCCCUUAGUGGCUGUUUUUAAAGAUCAGCAAAGUCCCAGUCCUGAAGAUUUUCAGACUUGUUACUCUCCUGUCUGGUGGAGGGAGGGGUUGGGGUCUCAAUCCCUCACGAUGGCUGGGCACUCUGUACCAUGUAGCUGUUCCUACCCACUGGCUGCUCAGCCUUGGCAGGGGCAGGGGGUUACUGAUCAGACCAAGGAAGGGAUGGUCAGCACUGGCACCCAAGCUGCUAUGAUCUCUCUGCAAUCUCUCGCUCUGCAUUAUUCUUUUUGUACCUGUGUUAGUUUUUAACUGUGUACUCUGCUGCAAUAAAUUUGUAGUUGUAAUUGA